CCCUAUUACUACAUAACAACCCUCAGUCAUUCUUAUGAAACAAAAACAUUGGACUGUGUCCACUGUGUCGUUUUUAACAGAGCACCUUAGUACACAAACCGAGAAGGUAUAUUUCUGUUGACGAUGUCGAUUUAUAGGAAUGCCGUGUGGUUUGUGAAAGGACUCCAGGAAUAUACAAAGGGCGGCUUUGAAGCUGCAGCGAAGCAUUUUGCUCCAGCAGACCUGGAUGUAAACCUGAGUGGGAGGUCCUUCAUGAUAACAGGUGCCAACAGUGGGAUAGGAAAAGCCACAGCACAGGAAAUUGCCAACCGAGGAGGAAUCGUUCACAUGGUGUGUCGAAACAAGGGCCGAGCAGACGCAGCCAAAGAUGAAAUUGUGGAACGGAGUAAAAAUCAGAAUGUUCACGUCCACGUCGUCGACAUGUCCAGUGCGAGACAAGUGUGGGAGUUCGCCCAGAACUUCUCACAAAACAACAGUGUACAUGUGCUGAUCAACAAUGCAGGCUGCAUGGUCAACCAGAGAGAGUUAACUGAGGAGGGCGUGGAGAAGAACUUUGCCACAAAUACACUCGGUACAUACAUCCUCACCACAGCGCUGAUACCUGCACUGAAGAAGGUUGAAGACCCCAGAGUGGUCACGGUGUCGUCGGGCGGGAUGCUCACACAGAAGCUGAACGUGGACGACCUCCAGUUUGCGAAGGGGGCGUUUGACGGCACCAUGGCCUACGCGCAGAACAAAAGACAGCAGGUGAUUCUGACGGAGAGAUGGGCUUCUCAACACAAAGAUAUCCACUUCUCCUCCAUGCACCCUGGCUGGGCAGACACGCCAGCUGUCCAGUCGUCCAUGCCGUCCUUCCACGCUAAGAUGCAGUCCAGACUGAGGACGGAGGCCAUGGGUGCCGACACCGUGGUGUGGCUCGCUGUGUCUCCAGCUGCCAUAAAGCAGCCCAGUGGACUCUUCUUCCAGGAUCGUAAAGCGGUGGCGACACACCUGCCUCUGGCCGCCUCCAGGUCCACGCCACAGGAGGAGGAGAAGCUGCUGGCUGCACUGGAGGAGUUCGCCCUCAAGUUCAAACCUUAAUAUCGCUGCAAAAAACCAAGCACUCCUCACUAAUUGUUACUGUUUACACAAUCAUGUCUUUUUUUAAUUCUUUCAAUAUACAAGACACAUUUUUUACUUUUCUGACUGAUACCUCAAAGAACAGGCCUUUCAAAGUGUAGUCAAGGUUGUUUUCAGCAAAGAGGCUUCGUGUACAGAUGUUGGGUCUUUUCUGUAAUUGGCUGAAGGGUGAUUUUUAAAAAUACGCUUAAUAAAUUGCUGCAUAUUGUAUUUAUACAGCCUAUGGGGAGAAAUGUAGAGAUCGGGGAUACUUUAAUGUAUAUUUAACACAAAAUGUAAA